AUGGGGAUAAAAUACGUACUAUUGGUUAGUAGACAAGGAAAAGUAAGACUUGCAAAAUGGUUCAACACACUUUCACCAAAAGAAAAACAAAAAAUCGUUAAAGAAGUAACACAAAUGGUACUUUCGCGACGCACUAAAAUGUGCAAUUUUUUAGAGUAUAAAGAUGAGAAGGUUGUAUAUCGAAGAUACGCAAGUUUAUUUUUUGUCACAGGGAUUUCAGCUUCAGAUAAUGAACUUAUAACGCUUGAAAUUAUUCAUCGAUAUGUUGAAAUUUUAGAUCGAUAUUUUGGCAAUGUUUGUGAAUUGGAUCUAAUCUUUAAUUUUCAAAAGGCAUAUUAUGUUUUAGAUGAAUUGAUUAUUGCGGGAGAAAUGCAGGAAUCAAGCAAAAAGGCAGUAUUACGUGUAGUUAACCAACAGGAUUCGCUGGAGGAAGGAGAAAACGGAGAGAAAGGGUGGCCAGAAAAAUCAGACAUAUUUUCUUGUGCAGAGAAGGGGAUUACUGCUUCGUUGAAUUUGCUGUAG